UAUCGCUUAAAAACAACUCGCAUUCCUCUGUGUGUCGUCUCUCCCCAAUCGACAAGGACAGCGAGGUAGAUGUUCAACGAAAAUACGGACAAAUAAAGAAAGGAAUGUGGAAAAAUAGAGAGCUGAUGAAAUGUGACCUUAGGAGACGGAUGUCGGGCUGAUAAGAGGAGGAAUUUUUUCCCACAGUGGAGCUGCUCACUGCUUUACAUUCAUUUAAAAACACAUUUAAAGGUCAAAACCUCGUAUUUCUAGAACUGAAAUCUUUCCGUUUUCUCUCACAUGACAUUGUUUACACUGAAAAACUUCUCUGGCAGCCACUGAGUGCACAAACACUAGAUUACAGCAAGGACGCCACACAGGACAAUAACUCCUCCUCCUCCCCCCGCCGGACGCAAACUCAAAUCCCCCUGCUAUAAUCCCCCAGGGAAAUCUCCAACACAGGACAAGGUGGAGAGUUUGGAGCGAGGAAGGCUUCUUCCCGUCAGUCUCCUUUAGUUGAGGCGGGGAGAGUGGAGCGUUUCAAGUGUGUUCUGGACGGUGUUUGAGAUCUGAAGUGGAGAGAGAGGGAGGGGAGGGGGCCAAUCUUCUAGGACUCUGUUUCUGCUUGUUGGGCUAAAAUGGUGGACGUUGUUUCCACACCAGCAAUGCCGUCAGAAAAUGAGGUUCAUGUUGCGAGGAGUUUCCUCACCAAGAUUUUACGAAGUUCCAUGAGGAAGAGCCGCUUCAGGGGGAAAAAUGAUCCAGGCUUACGGCCCCAUUCCUGGCACUCCUCCAAGCUGACAGAAGAGGAGUCUGAGCCUGCCGGGACUCAGGCCACCCCAGUGUCUGUCUGGCAGCCAAAACAUGAAGCAGGGCCAGAAGAGUCAACCACACCAGGAGACCAGAAUACUCAGCAGACCAAUCAGCUCAGCUCAGUGACCAGCAUGGAGAGACUGGAGCGUCCUUCUCAUCCUUUACCACCAGGUUGUCAUCCUCCAACGAAAUACGUCGACACCUCUGAAACAUUUUCUGCAUCAGGAGCCAAAAGAGACUCUGCCUUCAGCUGUUUCUCUGGCAGCUCCAGCCCUCCUGUUCUGGAGUCAAGCAGGAAAGGUACCAGCACUGAAAACAUCUUCUUCAAAGGCCUUCAGAGUGAAGGACCUCAGCAGAAUGAACGACACAGAUACCCGCAGUCAAGUCCCGGGAACGGAGGCUGGGAGGGUUCACGGGUCGAGGAGCAGCCAGCGUCUCGGGUUUCAGUUGCAGGAAGGCUCAAUGGUGGCCUAGUGUGGCAGGCACCAGAGAAGAAAAAAUCCCAGUCCCCUCCUCCUCCACCGCUGCCGCUGCGCAGUGACAGCUUUGCGGCAACCAAAGUGUUCCCAUACUCUGAAGGGCCCUUGGGUCCGUCAAAGAAUCAUGGCAGCUCUAUCGAAAAAUUGACUGAAAACAACCAGAACUGCCUCAGAUUUCAGAACCAACUGCACCCCAACAAACUCUUCUCCUUAUCCAGCAGCGAUGUCAGGCAGUCUCAUCAUGCCCAAUCACCUGCCCAUCAGAGACAGUACAGCGAUGAAAGCCCUUUCUACCUACAAACCAGGAAAACUCCACCAGCAAAGACCCAAAGUGUUGGGAGUUACUAUCGCAGCCUCCAAGAUCUGCCCACAAAUGCUUUCAGUAGAAUGCACAUCCGGCACUCCACAGCGGCUAUGGCAGGUUGUACUGCAAACUCAAGUCUGGAGAGUGGAGGGCAAAACCGACAUUUCGGCCCUGCAAGUAACUAUCCAAUGCAAAUUGGUGAGGUAAAGGCCAGGCAGAGCAAAGCUGGGGGAUGGAGAGGGGAGAGUGAAUGGAUGAGCAGCAUUGAAUCCUGCUUGCAGAACUCUCUGAAGGCAAACAUUAUGGCAAAAUAUCCAAUGCCCCAGUCCCAGAUGCCUUGCAUGGAAAAUAAAGACAGAAAUGGGAAUGGUCAAAACUAUGACCACAAGACUCACAAACUUUCUCUUCAAAGCCCAAAAGAACAGUCAAAGAGAGCUGAAGGGCCCCCUAAUGAAAUGAAAAGAGCUUUUCUAACACAUCAGAGUAAUGAUCAUAAAGUUGGUCCUUCGAGACUUCAAGACCCUUGGGUGCCUCAAGAAGAUCACAGGAUAUCAGCUCUAAAAACUCCACUUCUCCACUUCUUGGCACAGGAGAGUCAGAGUUUGACAGAGAGGCAAUCAACAGCUGCUACCAAGUCUAUGAUUCCCACCCAGGAUGCCUGUGAAGCCAUAACCACCGGCAGUGGGAAAGCAGGCCGCCGCAGUGACCGCUAUGCCACCACCCUUCGAAAGGAGAUCCAGGAGAAGAGAGCCCAGCUACAGAAGAGCUGUAGUGCUGCAACCCUUACAUGUGAGGCUGAGGAUGAGGAAGAUGCAGAAGAGUGGAGGUCCAUGGAGGCCUCUGCAUCCUCAAAUACCUAUAAGGACCAUCUGAAAGAGGCCCAGGCAAGAGUCCUUCAGGCCACCUCUUUCCAGAGACGAGACCUUGAGCCCCUGGGGCCAGAGGCGCCAGUUAUUAGAGCAUCCUAUGGGCGAAUCAGAGGACGUAGACGAUUCCACCCAGCAAAGAGGACCCAUUCAUUCUCAGAGCCUGAUAAGAUAGACAAAGUGGGGGUGGAUGGAGAAUCCCAACAUGGCCCAGAGCAACAGAAAAAGUUCUCGGAGACCAAACCUGCAUUCCCCAGGCCAAUGCUGCAGUCAAGUCAUGGCACAGACUCGAACCUGAACCAAGGCGAAUCAAACAAAUCACAGGAGACCCUUCCCUCUGGAGAAAGUGACCAUUCUCAACCCUGCACAGACCCUAGCAAGCAGAGUCCCAGACAUAAGCAGAUUUUACUGGAACUUCAGAGACUGGGUACCUUCGCUGAGUACCAGGCCACCUGGAACGAAAAGAAAAAGUCAUCUGAAGCCAAAGCACAGGGGCGAUAUCACUCAGCAGAGAACAUUCUAGACCCUGGCGUAGAGGAGAAGUCUCUCUGUAUCCAUGAGAGAUCCAGAUCCUCACCUUCUGCAGACUUCCACACACAGAAUAUUUCCCCUCAUUGGAGAGAUCCUCAAUCAUUGAGGAGCAGUUUGACCACAAGAGAGACGGCAGGGAGCAGGUCACCGGACCACAGCCCACAGGGGAUCCUCCCAUGCCCCCCUGACCACAGAACCGAACCCGACCCAGCCGGCCACUCCCUCUCCUCCGUCAGCCUGAACUCUGAGCCCAAACCGCCACAGAGCCUCCUGCCACCACCCAGGCUCCAUUUAGGUCCAGAAACCACAUCCUGGUCCAAGGAAUUCCUCGCCGGCGCCCAGCCGGACCCGGCAGGACCCGGUUCUGCCUCUGACAGCCAGAACCAAGCAGCUGCCCUCCCCUCCUCUGGUCCCGCCCAGCAUGUUUCUCCUCACCUCAUCGCCCAGUCUGGAGCAGGAGCUGCAGAGAGCAAGGAGCAGGAGGAGUGGACACAACCGUCCUCUUCAUCGCCAUCAUCAUCAUCACCUUCAGCAGCUCUGGGUUGUCCCGGGCCGGACCAAACCCGCUCUCCUUCGCCCCAGUUUGCUCCUCUGAGGCUGACCGACCAACCGCCCGGCGUGUCGGGUCAGGAUGACCCGGGGCUCAGCUCCAAAGCUGAACCACAGGAUCCAGCUGGGAUGGAUGUGAGCAGCCCGGUCAGAAAGGUUCCCAUCAGGAUCGUCCACACUGGCUCGGAGCGGCGGGGCCAGGCCUACCUGCCUCAGAGCACCGAGUCCAGCGCCGGCCCCACACCCUCCGCCAACCUGACUGCAGAGCGGACCGCUCCGUCUCUGUUCAGCGCCUACACCCGACCAGAACCACUGUCGGCCCAGGAGUCAGGCAACCUGGAGCCAGAGGACGCCAAACGGGAAGAGCUGGUGAGAGACAUCAUGGGCAGGGACAAGUCUCUGGUGGACAUCCUGGAUCAGAGCGGCGGGAGGACCACCAUGGACCUGAUGGAGGGACUCUUUCCCCCGGAGGAGAGGAUCCUGGAGGGGGUCCAGCUGAGGAGGAGGGCGUCGGUGGGCUCCAGGCCCUCCGUCACCAGCAGGAGAGAAGCGGAGGAUGCGUCUCUGUCAGCCACACUGGUCCCCAGCUCCUCCUACUACAACACAUCGGCCCCCAAAGCCGAGCUCCUCAUCAAGAUGAAGGACAUGCAGGAGCAGCUGGAGGACCAGGACUCCGAGGACGAGCUGGACGUUGAUCUGGCCAGCAAAAAGCAAGAGCUGAUCUCCAGCCUGGCGAAGAAGCUGGAGGUGCUGCGGGAGGCGCGGCAGAGCCUGCAGGAGGACGUGGAGGACAACGAGACGCUGGGCCGCGAGGUGGAGGCCACCGUGCAGCGUCUCUGCCAGUCCAACCAGCUGGACAAGUUCCGCAUGUUCGUGGGCGACCUGGACAAGGUGGUGAGCCUGCUGCUGUCGCUGUCAGGGCGCCUCGCUCGGGUGGAGAACGCCCUCAACAGCCUGGAGGACGAGGCUCCGCUGGAGGAGAAGCGGACGCUGACGGAGAAACGCGAGCUGCUGAUGAGGCAGCACGACGAUGCCAAGGAGCUGAAGGAGAACCUGGACCGCAGGGAGCGGCUGGUGACCGGGAUCAUGGAGGCUCACCUGGACGCGGAGAGCCUGGCCGACUACAGACACUUUGUGAAGAUGAAGUCGGCGCUCAUCAUCGAGCAGCGGAAGCUGGAGGAUAAGAUCAAGCUGGGAGAGGAGCAGCUGAAAUGCCUGAUGGAGAGCCUGCCGCCGGAGCAGAGGCAGCCGCCGGAGCAGAGCCUGCUGCCGGAGCAGAGGCAGCCGCCGGAGCAGAGCCUGCCGCCGCCGCCGGAGCAGAGGCCGCCGCCGGAGCAGAGGCCGCCUCUCAGCCUCCAGUGUUAGACCCAGUGGAAAUGUUUUUUUUUUAGCUGCUUCCUGCAUCUCCUCUGGGACUUUUUACCUAAACUGGUCCAUUUCGGCCAUUUUGGCUCCAAUCGUCACAGAAACAGACUUGGGGCCCGUUUGAGCUGCUGCCUUAGAGAAAACAGAACCACUGAAGAGAAGCUGGAGACGUUUGUCCAGGAGGUUCUGGGGUUUGCAGAUCUUAGAGCAGCUGUCCUGGUUUAGUCUGACUGUCCCUCUAUGGGGGAAAAACGGUCUAACUGAAAUCUGCCUAAUUUAAAACACUGAAUGUUUUUACACAUUGAAUUCUUUGCACUGAAUUUUAAUCUGGUAAAUAUUCAGCUGCAUAUGUGUCGACCUUUUAGUGAACUCAAGCCAAAGCAAUCUACACUCAGCAGCUUCUAGCCAAUGAAAUUAGCUCAUUUGGUCAUGUGACACAACAGUUAGGAAUAGCUUUGUUCUCGACUGAAUUCUGAUUUUUUUCUCAGAAUUCUGACUUUUUGAAUGAAGCUUAAUGGGGAUUUUUUCUUGUUAAAUAGAUCUGAUUAGAAAAUGUCAGUCAUUAGUUUUCCAUCUAAUGGGACUGGGUGAAAUAACUGAGGCGACCACAGCUAGUGCGGCACCCCCAUCUGCCAAGGCUGUUGGUUUGAUCCGGAAGAAGCGGCCGGUGGCAAACUUUUAUUUUUCUAACCAAGUGAGCUAGUUUAAUAGGGCUUGGUCAUCAUGACGUAAGCACUUUGCGUGGCCGCCAUCUUGAAUGCCUCUUUUACCGCUGCUCAGACUACUGCCUAUGACUACCGCGUACUGUACUCCCUCUCAGCCGUGUUUUAAUUU